ACUUCCGGUGCCUGCGGAGCGCGGAGAGGCGGCUGCACCGAUAGAGGCUGCACGGGCAGAGGCUGCAGGGCGGACGCGCGGCCGGGCGCAGCCAUGGUGAAGAUCAGCUUCCAGCCCGCCGUGGCCGGCAUCAAGGGCGACAAGGCCGACAAGGCUUCGGCCUCGGCGUCGGCCGCGGCUCGGGCCCCGGCCGCUGAAAUCCUGCUGACGCCGGCUCGGGAGGAGCGCCCCCCCCACCACCGCUACAAGAAGGGGGGCUCUGUGGGCGGCGUGUGCUACCUGUCGAUGGGCAUGGUCGUCUUGCUCAUGGGCCUCGUGUUCGCCUCCGUCUACAUCUACAGAUACUUCUUCCUCGCACAGCUGGCCCGGGACAACUUCUUCCACUGUGGCGUUCUCUACGAGGACUCCCUGUCCUCCCAGGUCCGCACUCGGAUGGAGCUGGAGGAGGACGUGAAGAUCUACCUCGAAGAGAACUAUGAACGCAUCAAUGUGCCCGUGCCCCAGUUCGGCGGCGGGGACCCUGCAGACAUCAUUCAUGACUUUCAGCGGGGGCUCACCGCCUACCAUGACAUCUCCCUGGACAAGUGCUAUGUUAUCGAGCUCAACACCACCAUCGUGCUGCCCCCUCGCAACUUCUGGGAGCUCCUCAUGAAUGUGAAGAGAGGGACCUACCUCCCGCAGACGUACAUCAUCCAGGAGGAGAUGGUGGUCACGGAGCACGUCAGCGACAAGGAGGCCCUGGGCUCCUUCAUCUACCACCUGUGCAGUGGGAAGGACACCUACCGGCUGCGGCGCCGGGCUACCCGGAGGCGGAUCAACAAGCGAGGGGCCAAGAACUGCAAUGCCAUCCGCCACUUCGAGAACACCUUCGUGGUGGAGACCCUCAUCUGCGGGGCGGUGUGAGGGCCUCCCCUCCCAGGCCCCGCCCUUGCCCUCUUCCUUCUUUCCCUUCUGGCCACUCCGGCCCUCCUCCUUCCCCUCGCUCAGCUUGUACUUUGGACCUUCCCAUAGAUGUGACGUGUCUCCUGGUUCCUUUCCAGCCCUGCCCGCCUCCCUGUACCAGAGCCGUGACCUCUUGAGGCCCCCACCUCUUCCGAGCUCCCAGGUCCGGGGGACAGGAGGGCGCCACAGGGUGGUUUCUGGACCACCAUCCUGAAGUCAGGUCCGCUGGGGCCAGCCCACAGCUGCACUGGCAGCCCAGGGGGAGGGCCAGACGGAGGAACCGGGCAUGUGGGGGGUCCUGGGCAAGGGGACAGGGUGGGGUGUGGUAUGGGGUUCAGAGAUACCUGCACAGUUGGGAAAGUCCCAAAAGGCUUGUUCCUUGGACAGCACAUUUCCUCCUGCGUCCAGAUACCCAGACCUGGGCUCAGGGUAGGGUCAUGUGCCCAGGGAUGGACCCACCCCCCCCCCCCCCCCCCCCCGCCCAGAGCACAAGGGAAGACGGUGUCUUGGGGCUCUCCCCCCAGGACUCCUGUCAGUGCCUUCAGCCCACCAAUGGGAGCCUGGAGCGAGGGGUGGGGAUGAGUCCGUCAAGCACAAUCGUUCUCCGAGUGGAACCAAAGAAGGGAGGAGCCAGGGCCCCCCGCCCUGGCCCCCCAGGAGCACAAGUGGGGUCCUGCAGCCAUGGCCACAGGAAGGGGACAGAGCGAGGUGGGCGGCCUUGCGGGGCUGAGCGCUGAGCAGAGACGAGGGGGUGGGCUCGUUGCUUUCUCCAAGCUUGGAGCUGUUUGAGAAGAUAAUGUGGGGGGAAGGGAGAGCCACCUGGUACUUGUGCACCCUGCCUCCCCCUCGUUCUGAAAUUCCGUCCCCCGGCUUUGGAGGAAUGCAGCCUUUUUUCCCUUUUCCUUCUCACUUUUGCAUGUUUUUACUGAUCAUUCAAUAUGCUAACCGUUCUCAGCCCUGAGCCUUGAAAAGGAGGCUUCGACGCCUCCAGCCAGACUUAGGUGCUCUCUGGAGAUGAAAGUCUUAAAUGCUUUGUAUAUUUUCUCAAUUAGAUCCCUUUUCAGAAGUGUCUGUAGAACAAUAAAAAUGUUUGACUUCUGA